GUUUCCUUCUGCGUUAGUGUACCUACUGCGUUUCUCCGUUCUGUCUUACACGUUUCCAAUUUUGCGGCUGUUAGCGUUUUUCUGAAAGGUCAAGCGGUAAUUCUCUUAAAAUGCUUCUGGAAAGUGCCCUGCUUCUGUUGGCCGGCCUUGCCGGGGUCUUCGGCCAGGUCCCAUCGCCAAGUGCGCCGGCCAGCAAUUUCUCUUACAUCUCCGGGAAAGGCAGUUACCUGUUGGCUAUCGAUCGAACCGGCGCCGUUCAUCGUCUAAAUGGGACAACGUGGGUUGCACUGCCCGCGCCGACGCUGGUGGGCAAUCCAGAUAUCCCUGUGAUCUCAACACACGCACGCAGUGUGGGCGCCAGUCCGGAUGGCUGGCAUCACAUGUGCACCAAGACGGGUGAACCCUCCCGCUUUAAUCCAAACAGCAACACGUGGGAGUAUACGAAUAAUGUCUUGUGUAAACAAAUUAACGCAAGGAACAAGGACAACGCUGCGGCAAUCAAGUUGGUGGCCCCGAGGUUACCAGGGAGUAGCAUGGUCCUAUACAGGUUAGAGGGUUAA